AAGGAAGAGGAAGAGGAAGAAGAAGAAAUGGAAGAAGACGAGGAAGAAGAGGCUGACGAUGAGGACUCCAAGGAUGAGACGCCGGGCAUGAAGGUCGGGGAAACCAAGGAGAAGGAUGAGAGGAGGGACAGCAAAGAUGGCAAGAAGAAGGACGACAAGAAAGACCGGGAGAGAAGGGAAAAGAAGGAGAAGAAAAAGAUGGUGACCGUGGACCCUUUUCUACUGCUCUCCUUCGUCUACUUCGAUCAGACUCACACGGGCUACAUCAUUGACAGGGACCUGGAGGACAUCAUCAACAUGCUGGGGCUCAACCUCUCAAGAGCACAGCAAAAGAAGCUCAUGUCGAAGGUGAUGUCACGAGAUGUCCUGCACUACCGCAAAAUGACAGACGUUUCCUUGGACGAGAAGGAUAAGCCAAGAGAUCCUCCUCCCAACAUAGACUUAGAGUUUCUGGCUAAAGGUAACAACACCAUGAUGCCAGUGUUCGUAGAUGCCUUAAGUACCCCAAUGGUUGGGGAUAAGGCCCUUAGAAAGGGCUGCAAGAAUAAGGAGGAUUCCUUUGUCUCAACGACAUUAAAUGACAGUGAGAUGAAGGAUCCAUCUGCUGUAGGUUGCACAGUCCCUGUCACCCAAGGGGUUGUCAAGUAUGGAGGCUCGUUAGUUGACAUCGGCAAGCUGAUUCAGCAGCUGGAGAAGUCGGAGAAUGCGCGUAGCAGUACGGAAGAGAAGUUGAAGGAGUUGCAGAAGGAACUGAUGUUCAGCAAAGAGGAGUCUAAGAAGGCUUAUGAUAAGUGUAGUAAGCUUAACAAGGAAAUCAAGAGUGCCAAUUCUAGUCUGAAAACAAUGGAGGAAGAACUUCAGAAAGCUAUCGAGGACAACAAUGUCUACCAAAAGGCUCUCAAUCAAAUCAAGUGUGUCAUCAAGCCCCUGGUAGCUGGUGUCGACCUGGACGAGGAGGAUGUCACCAUGAAAGACAUCACGAGAGAUGAACUCAAGCUGAAGCAAGAACCUAUAGAGAAUGGGACGGUGGACUGAUUUUACGGGAUUGUUCACGCUUGGAGCUCUCAAGGAUGUUCACAGGACCAGCUCGGAACUCAGCGUGGAAUUUCCAGGCCUUGAGAAACAUGCGGGAUGGAAGUC